CGCCCUUCCACCAUGGCCGCCUCUGUGUGGUGUGGGGAGCAGCUGUUCCUCCCUGUUCUCCUGUAGCGCUUACUGCCUCACCCUCACCCCGUACGGGCCGGAGCCACAGGAGCCUUGCUCCCCAGACCUUGGAGCACUAGGCAGGAGGGGCUCCUGGCCUGGACUUGAGGGGCAGCAGCCUUAGGGUUUUCCCCUCCUUCGCUUAGGGUCAGAAACCAGGAAGAGGGCUCCCUCCUACUUCUCCAGAGGUGGAGACCCUUCCCACCAAGCCUCAGAGACAACACUGCGCCUCCCUAGGCAGGUCCUAGAGAACCGUCGCCUUUCGCCUCCCCCGCUGAAGGCGCGGCCUGACGGAGAGGAACGAGCAGUGGGGAGCACAGGGGCUCUUGCCCUUCCAGCCCUCUGCUUGUUCCUCUUGCCCUCCACCCCACCCCGCGCCCUCUUGCUGGCCACCCAGAGUUGCCCAUUCCAAGGACUUUCCACCCAUCCACUCCCAGACCUCUUCCCCGUCUCCUGGCUGCAGCCAUGGAGUUGCAGAAGGGAAAGGGGGCAGCAGCAGCAGCUGCUUCGGGAGCAGCGGGAGGUGGAGGAGGAGGAGCGGGAGCAGGAGCCCCAGGAGGGGGGAGGCUGCUACUUUCAACCAGUUUGGAUGCCAAGGAUGAGUUAGAGGAGAGAUUGGAAAGGUGUAUGAGCAUUGUGACGUCAAUGACAACGGGUGUCUCUGAGAGAGAAGCCAAUGAUGCCCUCAAUGCCUAUGUCUGCAAAGGCCCGCCCCAGCAUGAGGAGAUCUGCCUGGGCCUCUUCACGCUUGUCCUUACCGAGCCCACACAAGCCCAGAAGUGCUACCGGGACUUGGCUCUGGUGAGUCGUGACGGUAUGAGUAUCGUCCUGAAUAAAAUCAACCAGAUACUCAUGGAGAAGUACCUGAAACUGCAGGACACCUGCCGUACUCAGUUGGUGUGGUUGGUACGGGAAUUGGUGAAGAGUGGGGUUCUGGGAGCCGACGGUGUUUGCAUGACAUUUAUGAAGCAGAUUGCAGGUGGAGAUGUUACAGCCAAAAACAUCUGGUUGGCAGAAAGUGUCCUAGAUAUCCUGACGGAACAGAGGGAGUGGGUGUUGAAGAGCAGCAUUCUCAUCGCCAUGGCCGUCUACACAUACCUCCGCCUCAUCGUGGACCACCACGGCACUGCCCAGCUCCAGGCCCUGCGGCAGAAGGAAGUGGACUUUUGCAUCUCACUGCUUCGGGAGCGGUUCAUGGAAUGCUUAAUGAUUGGCCGGGACCUCGUAAGACUACUUCAGAAUGUUGCUAGGAUACCGGAAUUUGAACUACUUUGGAAAGAUAUUAUCCAUAACCCUCAAGCCCUGAGUCCUCAAUUCACAGGUAUCCUGCAACUUCUUCAGUCAAGAACAUCCCGGAAGUUUCUAGCCUGUCGUCUCACCCCAGACAUGGAGACUAAGCUCCUCUUCAUGACAUCGCGGGUGCGAUUCGGCCAGCAAAAGCGGUACCAGGAUUGGUUCCAACGGCAGUACCUGUCUACCCCCGACAGUCAGUCUCUGCGCUGUGACCUCAUCCGCUACAUCUGUGGGGUGGUUCACCCUUCUAAUGAAGUACUCAGUUCAGAUAUCUUGCCCCGAUGGGCCAUCAUUGGUUGGCUCCUGACGACGUGUACGUCAAAUGUUGCCGCCUCUAAUGCCAAACUGGCUUUGUUUUACGACUGGCUAUUCUUUAGCCCUGACAAGGACAGCAUUAUGAACAUAGAACCAGCCAUCCUGGUCAUGCAUCACUCCAUGAAACCCCACCCAGCCAUCACUGCCACACUCCUGGACUUCAUGUGCCGUAUCAUUCCCAACUUCUAUCCACCAUUGGAGGGCCAUGUGCGACAGGGUGUCUUUUCCUCCCUCAACCACAUUGUGGAGAAGCGGGUCUUGGCACACUUGGCUCCCCUAUUUGACAACCCUAAAUUGGACAAAGAACUGCGGGCAAUGCUGAGAGAGAAGUUUCCUGAAUUCUGCAGCUCUCCAUCGCCCCCUGUGGAAGUCAAAAUCGAGGAGCCAGUUUCCAUGGAGAUGGACAACCAUCUGUCGGACAAGGAUGAGAAUUGCUAUGACAACGCAGAGGCGGCCUUCAGUGAUGACGAGGAGGACCUCAACAGCAAAGGAAAGAAGAGAGAAUUUCGCUUCCAUCCCAUCAAGGAGACAGUGGUGGAGGAACCAGUGGACAUUACCCCUUACCUUGACCAGCUGGAUGAGUCCCUAAGAGAUAAAGUUUUGCAGCUGCAAAAGGGGAGUGACACGGAAGCCCAGUGUGAGGUCAUGCAGGAAAUUGUGGAUCAGGUCUUGGAGGAAGACUUUGACUCGGAGCAGCUGUCUGUCCUGGCUUCCUGCCUGCAGGAGCUCUUCAAGGCCCACUUCCGAGGCGAGGUGCUGCCCGAGGAGAUCACCGAAGAGUCCCUGGAGGAGUCAGUGGGGAAGCCCCUCUACCUGAUAUUCAGGAAUCUGUGCCAGAUGCAGGAAGACAACAGCAGCUUCUCUUUGCUUCUGGACCUUCUCUCCGAGCUCUAUCAGAAGCAGCCCAAGAUUGGCUACCAUCUGCUCUACUACCUGAGGGCCAGUAAAGCCGCUGCUGGGAAGAUGAACCUCUACGAGUCGUUUGCUCAGGCCACCCAGCUGGGCGACCUGCACACCUGCCUGAUGAUGGACAUGAAGGCGUGCCAGGAGGAUGACGUGCGGCUGCUAUGCCACCUCACACCUUCCAUCUACACAGAGUUUCCAGAUGAGACGCUAAGGAGUGGGGAGCUGCUGAACAUGAUUGUGGCUGUUAUUGACUCUGCGCAGCUCCAGGAGCUGGUGUGCCAUGUGAUGAUGGGCAACCUGGUCAUGUUUCGGAAAGACUCAGUGCUCAACAUACUCAUCCAAAGCCUAGACUGGGAAACCUUUGAGCAGUACUGUGCCUGGCAGCUCUUCCUGGCCCACAACAUCCCCUUGGAGACCAUUAUCCCUAUCCUGCAGCACCUCAAGUACAAAGAGCACCCCGAGGCCCUGUCCUGCCUGCUGCUUCAGCUCCGGAGAGAGAAGCCCAGCGAGGAGAUGGUGAAGAUGGUGCUGAGCCGGCCCUGCCACCCCGACGACCAGUUCACCACCAGCAUCCUGCGGCACUGGUGCAUGAAGCACGACGAGCUGCUGGCAGAGCACAUCAAAUCUCUGCUCAUCAAGAACAACAGUCUCCCUCGCAAGAGACAGAGCCUACGGAGCUCCAGUAGCAAGCUGGCCCAGCUCACCUUGGAGCAGAUCCUGGAACACUUGGACAGCCUGCGGCUCAACCUGACCAACACCAAGCAGAACUUUUUUAGCCAGACCCCGAUUCUCCAGGCGCUGCAGCACGUCCAGGCGAGCUGUGACGAAGCCCACAAGAUGAAGUUCAGUGACCUCUUCUCCCUGGCGGAGGAAUACGAGGACUCCUCGGCCAAGCCCCCCAAGAGCCGCCGGAAAGCGGCGCUGUCCAGCCCGCGCAGUCGGAAGAACGCCACGCAGCCGCCCAACGCCGAGGAGGAGUCCGCCUCCAGCAGCGCCUCGGAGGAGGAAGACACGAAGCCGAAGCCCACUAAGCGGAAACGGAAGGGGUCGUCCGCGGUGGGUUCUGACAGUGACUGAGACCCUGUGCUCCUCCCCACCCCAAAUUGGACUGCCCUCCCCUCCUCAGUGAAUCACAGGUUAAUGGGGGACGGGGAGGGAACAGGGGAUACCCCCUCCACACCCCGCUGCCCUGGGCAGGCUGAGCUGCGUGGGAAGCUGCCCCCGUCUAAAAAGCAGAGGCCGCCCUGCUUCCC